AAAAUCUUUUUUUGUACAUUAAUUGAUUAAUAUGCUCAAAAUACUCAAAUGCUGAAAAUCUGGAAUUUGAACAAGCUGCUACUAGCAGUUAAAAAUAUAAAGUUUAGCAGUGAACUAUCUAGCUGUGCUAUUCAAGCUCAGAAAAUAAGUCUAUGACCUUUGGUUAUGUUACCAAGCACAAAAUUUACCCAAAUACCAUAUACACCACCAGAUUUUGUUGUAAAUAUUAAAUUUAGCAUAUUCAAGGUAAAACCAUCAGCCAGUUCAUUCAUUUAUCAUUGAAUUGGAAAGUUGGUAUGUUAAUAUGUUGAUAGGUUAAAGAAUCACAACUUUUAACUCUUUCACACCUUUAUAUAAUUUUUGUAAACAUUAAAAAAGUACAUGCUAUACUGAAAAUUAUAUAAUAAGGAUAAAAGGCAUCAUAUUUACACCCCAUAACUAUAUAUUUUCAAAAAGAUAAAUAAAUACAGAUCGUCUCUUUUUUUAAAAAAAUGAAAUACCAAUGAUGGCGGAUAUAAAGAUCAGGUGACUUUUGCUAUUUUUUUAAUUUUUUUUUUACAUAAAAAAAAAUGUCUGACUUUGUCUUAAAAAAAAAGUUGAUAAAAUACUAACUUUAAAACUACCAGUGGCGCAUUCUGUAAGGAAAAUAGAUAAAAAUAGAUGAAUUUCAAUGUUUACAUUUCCGUCGCAUGCGCACUAGGUGGCAGGAAUAAAAACCGAUUUGCAAACAUUGAGAACGUUUAUUAAACAAACAUUGAUAUAAUUAAUCUCCUUGCUAACUUAAUUAGAUUAAAGUUUUUUUUUAAAUUCUUAAAAUAUAAUGCCUGACAGUUGUUGUGCUAUAGGGUGUAUGAAUAAAAGGAUAAAAGGCGAUAAAAACUUGAGUUUUUACCGCAUUCCUUUUGGAAAUACAGAAACAUCAAAAAACAGAAGAGUUUUAUGGUUGCAAGCCUUUAAACGUAAAAACUGGCCAAUAAGUAUGAUUGAUAACGCAAGAUUAUGUAGUAAACAUUUUAUUUCAGGCAAAAAAUCAGACAAUCCUAUUAGUCCUGACUAUGUUCCAUCUGUUUUUUUAUACAGACAGCAAUCUUUUUCAAAAAAACAUCAAAGUAUUGAAAGAUUUGAAAGAAGUUGUAAAAGAACAAAAAAAAAUACUGAAGAUAAUUUAUCUCAAACAAAAGCUGAAAAUGAACAGAUGUCAGUUAAUAUGGAUGCAGUAACAUCAGUCGACCCUUUCAAAUUAAAUCAAGAAUCUCAGACUGAUGAUGUUAAUUUUGUUGCUGAGCUACAUUCUAAAGUCAAAACUUUGAGUAAAAAUAAUGUUGAAUUAAAGAUUACAAUAAACAAAGCUAUAACAUCAUCUGUUUCUCAAUAUAUUUCGUUUGAAAAACUAAAAGAUGAUAAUUCACUUUUAUCUUUUUAUACUGGUUUGCCAAAUGCAAAUUUAUUUUUGUGGUAUUUAUCAUUGUUUAAAGAUUGUGUAAAACCAAUGAAAAAUAUACCAAUGGAAGACCAUUUAUCGCUAAUAUUAAUGAAAAUCAAACUUGGAUUUUUAAAUAAAGACUUGAGCUUUAGAUUUGGUUUUUCUGAGCCAACAGUCACUAGAAUAUAUAGAUCUUGGCUUCCAAUUAUUGCUGAAAAUGUUAAGUUUUUAAUUGUUUGGCCAGAAAAGCAUGUUUUGCGAAGAAAUUUGCCAACAAGUUUUCGCAAAAAGUUCUAUAAUUGUGUUGCAAUAAUUGAUUGCAUGGAAAUACUCAUUGAAAGACCUUUUAGUCUUCAUGCUCGAGCUCAAACUUGGUCAAAUUAUAAAAACAACAACACAAUUAAAUAUCUCAUUGGUAUAACUCCAUCAGGUGCUGUAAGUUUUUUAUCCCGUGGAUGGGGUGGUAGAGUUUCAGAUAAAGAAAUUACAAUUAAAUCUGGAUUUUUAGAAAAAAUAACCCAUGGAGAUUAUGUACUUGCUGAUAGAGGAUUUACACUUGUUGAAGAAUUUGCUACAAAAGGUGGGAUUUUAAAAUUACCAAAGUUUACCAAAGGAAAAAAGCAGAUGUCUUCUGCUGAAGUUGAUGAAUCACGUCAAAUUGCACAUGUAAGAAUCCAUGUUGAAAGGGUAAUUGGACAGUUAAGAAAAUUUCGAAUUCUUCAGAACAUUAUCCCAUUAACUCAAGUUGAUUUACUUGAUGAUGUUAUGGUAACAAUAACUUCAUUAGUAAAUAUUAACAGUAGUGUUGUUCCUCUAAGCUCAUAGGAGUAAAAAACCUUUUUAUUUUAACUUUAUUUUGUAUUAUCUUACAUUUGGAUUGUCUCAAGUACUCUCGAGUCCUUAAUACAAGGGGAAGGGGGUGGUUUGUCAAGAUCUAAUGAAAGUAGGGGGUGAGAAUUUAUACUAAAAGUUUUAUUAUUUAUUAGUUACUAGUAUAUAUUUUGUAUAAUAUUAUAAGGCCGAUUUUCACUGAAUUAUUUUUUUUAGUUUCGAUAGUUUUAGAAACUUUUUGUUGAUAACAAGUGAAAAUUAAUAAACAGAGUGGUCUUAAUAAGCUUAAGGUAAAGUUUUCAAAAAUUUAAUAGAAAUCCCCCCUACCCUUCUAAUAAAGACUCGAGAGUAGUAAAUUUUAUAUUACUAAAUAAUUGUUAACAGUUUAUUGAUUUUUUAUUUCUGAAAAAAGUGCCAAAAUGUCGUUGACAAAGUAAGAUAUUUAAUAAAUAUAAUAUAUCCUUUA